AUGGCCAGCCCAAGGCCUCGGUGGGGCAACCUGCUGCUGUUCAUGAGCAUCAUGGCCCUCACAGUUGUGGUCAUCUCCCUGAUGUUCUACGCUCUCCUCUGGAAGGCUGGCAACCUCACUGAUCUGCCCAACCUGAGAAUUGGCUUCUACAACUUCUGCUUGUGGAAUGAGGACACCAGCAUCCUACAGUGUCACCGGUUCCCUGAGCUGGAGGCCCUGGGGGUGUCUCAGGUUGGCCUGGCCCUGGCCAGGCUUGGCGUGUAUGGGGCCCUGGUCCUCACCCUCUUUGUGCCCCUGCCUCUCCUCCUAGCCCGGUGCAACAGUGAUGAGGGAGAAUGGCGGCUGGCAGUGGGCUUCCUGGGUGCAGCCUCUGUGCUACUGGCUGGCGGCCUAGGCCUCUUCCUCUCCUAUGUGUGGAAGUGGGUCAGGCUCUCCCUCCUGGGGCCUGGGUUUCUAGCUCUGGGCAGCGCCCAGGGCUUACUCAUCCUCUUGCUUAUGGCCACAGUUGUGUUCCCUCUGAGGGCUGAGAGGGCUAAGAGUGCGCUUGAGAGCUGCUAAAGUCUUAUGUGAUUGCAAGGGUUCAGUUCCAGCCACGCUCAGAGAUGGUACAUCUUUUCAGCCAACUCAUUUUAUAGCUAAUACUGAUCUCCAGCUCCAGCAGAUGGAACCCACUACAGAGGUGGGGCCCUUACAUCAAGGAGGCCAAGGGACACCAAGGGCAGCCGGAGCACCGGUGGCUUCUUAGUGUAGGACUGUCUGUCCUUCAGGACUUCCAAGGCUUCCAAAGACUCCCUAAAACCAUGCAGCUCAUUGUCACAGCAAUUCCUGCUUUAAUUAAUGGAUCUGAGCAAAUCUUCCUCUAGCUUCAGGAGGGAGUGAUUCCCAUCAUGGGGCCAGACGUCCAGGCUGAUCUGCAAAAUGUCAAACUGAAACCUAGCAAAGAUUUAUGGCAACAAAUGAGGACAUUAAAAAAAAAAGUGAGCACCUCAGUGUCACUGGGGCCCUGAUUAGGGAGCUUCCACUGGACUCACCAUGGUGAGUGGGCUGCCAGGAGCCACCACUGGGACUCCACUCCCACAGGCCCAGGAAUGAUCUCUGAGUGACUCAACAAAGGAUACAUGGGGCACAAAGAGAAGCCUUGGUUGCUUCAAAGCUUCCCUGGACCUGAAGCCAGAUAGAGCAGAUACAUCUGCCGGCAAAUCACUCCCAUGAUGAGACCCAGGACACCAAAUCCGUGUGAACAGGACUGGACGGUUGUACACAUACAAACGCUGCCACCCUCCACUUCCCAACCAGGACCUGGAAAGGACAUUGGCACAACUUACACAUUGGGGAAUUUUGUGUAUUUUCUAGCACCUGUGUAUUGGAAAACCUGUAUCAUUUCCAAUGAUUUACUCAUCUACACCUGUCCAAGGCCACACUGAAAACAGAGGCAGAAACAUGGACUCAGAUGUGA